UAUACCUUUAUGUUCAUUUUUGUUAAUAAUUGUUUGUGUUAGUGUUGUUAUGUGAAGCACUGUGCUGUGUGAAAGGUGCUAUAUGAAUAAUGAUGAGUUGUUAAAACCUUGGUUUCAAGUUUGGCCAUGACUUCAUCCACAGGAAGUGACUGAGCUCGGGUAAAACUAAAAUAGGCUUGUGAACAGAAGUCAGUGUGAAGAGAGCCAAAGUAUGACAUGUUUGUUUGAAUUUGUCUGAUAGUUCAUCAUCUCAAAGAUGAUCAAGAGAAAUGCGAGGUACCAAAACUGAAUUUUAUAGGACAGGUUCUCAUGUCAAUGUGAUAUUUCAGUUUUUAAUAUUUAACACAUUUAAAACAAUCCUGUUCUUGUGUUGUCAUUAUGGGGUAAUCAGUGUAUAUCGAUGAGGGAUAAACUUACAUUUAAAUGAUUUUAACAUAAGGCUGCAAUAUAACAAAAUGUGAAGGUAAAGGGGUCUGAAUACUUUCUGAAUGCACUGUAUAAAAACAUAUAUGAACAUUAAUCUAAUUGCAAUACAGGCUCAGUGGAUGCAAGAACAGAGGACAAAUACUGCAAAACAUGCAAAAUUAACAAUAAAAUAGAAGUAUAUAGUGUGAUAGGAUUACAUUUAAUGGUCUUAUGUUUCAUUAAUGUACAGUUAUUACUUCUUUCUCAUGCCAAUUUUGUUAUUCAAAAAUGUAUAUACCAGGAAUGAACCGUUGUACAACAGACAAGCUAAUAUAUCUUGUCAGUGGGCAGGAAGUGUAAACCUGUCAAAGUAUGCUGCGGUCAAAACCACUGCAGUUUGAGUUCUGUGUAUAAGGGAAGGAAGGAAGAACAAAGCUAUACUCAGAAGGAGAAGUUGAUGAAAAACUCACAUUUAUAUGGAAUGUAACUUUUCUCUCUCUCUCUCUCUCUCUCUCUCUCUCUCUGUUUUAUUCUUGCAAAGUAGAAACAUUUCUCAGAAGCAGAGCAGCAGAGCAACAGUGUCGGUGCUGGAUGUGAAGAUGGGGCACACUUUGCUCUGUGUGCUGGGGUUAUUCUUGCUGAAUACACUCCUCUCUGGACAUGCUGAAGGUGUUGAUGCAAUCCUGGAAAUACCUGCAUUCAGUUUGUUUAAAGGAGACUCAGUGACUCUGAGCUGUAAGCGUCGUAGUACUCCAAGAAAUGAGAUGAAAGCUACCUUUUUCAAAGAUGGAUCACCUCUUCAAAUGGACAGAUACCAUUACUCUCACAACAUAGGAAAAAUAACCUUUGAUCCAGUGUCAGUUUCAGAUAGGGGCACUUACAAGUGUCAGUUUGAUGAUGGGGCAGAAUCUGAAUCGAGACAACUGAAAGUGGAAGCACAUAGACGUGAGGUCACACUGACAGCAGACAAGACAAUCAUACCACUGGGGGGCAGUGUGACACUGACAUGCUCUGUGGAGAAUCCUGCUGGCUUCAAAUAUGAAUGGUUCAGACAGACGUCAGACACAUACACAAAAACUCGUCUUCAGACCGCAAACCUUGAUGACUCACACACAGUUAUCACACUUGGAGGCAGAUACACCUGCAGAGGAUGGAGAAGGGAACCAGAAGUCCUCACACCUGAAAGUAAUGCAGUCACCAUUCAGGAAACUGUUCCCAACAGGGCCAGUUUGACUCUUCAACCCAACUGGCCUCAGAUAUUCAGUGGUGAGACGAUCACUCAUAGAUGUGAGAUUGAUGGAGUUAGAAACACUCAGUGGACGUAUGAAUGGGAACCAACCAGCUCAAACACACAGUCUCCAACACACAGUGAAUACAGGAUUAUCAGUGCUCAGUGGUCCCACAGUGGAGACUACAGGUGUAAGGGUAGAAGGGACUCAUAUUCCUCAACAGACUGGAGUAAGGCCAUCAGAUUGAAUGUAUCACCGAAUAAACCUAAACCCACACUGACAGCACACAAAACCAUCAUACCAGUAGGGGGCACUGUGACACUGACCUGUUCUGUGAGGGGCUCUGCUGACUGGAAAUACUACUGGUUCAAAUGUACAUCAGACUCUUCUGAAGCUCAGCCCAUAAGGGAUGUUGUACCAGAUAGAGUUAUCAGUGUCUCACAAGGAGGUCUCUACCACUGCAGAGGAGGAAGAGGAGAUCCACUGUUCUUCACAGAGAACAGCAAUAAAGUCACCAUUCAGGCAACUGUUUCCAACAGGGCCAUUUUAACUCUUCAGCCCAACUUGACUCAGAUAUUCAGUGGUGAGACGAUCACUCUCAGAUGUGAGAUCCAGGGAGGUGGAGACACUCAGUGGACGUAUGAAUGGGAACCAACCAGCUCAAACACACAGUCUCCAACACACAGUGAAUCCAGGAUUAUCAGUUCUGCUGAGUCCCACAGUGGAGAAUACAGGUGUAAGGGUAGAAAUGACUCAUAUUCCUCAACAGAGUGGAGUAAUGUCAUCAAACUGACAACAUCAGCACAGAGACCAAAGGCCCAACUGAGAGCUGAUGACACAGACAUUCCUGUAGGGGGCAGUGUGACCCUGACCUGCUCUGUGAACCAAUCAUCAUCUGGUUGGAAAUACUUCCUGUACAGAGGAAAGAAAACCUCUGAACCUCUGACCACACCAGAUGGUGUUUUCCUCUCAACUGGACAAAUCAGAGUCUCACAGGGAGGACUCUACUGGUGCAGAGGAGGAAGAGGAGACCCAGUUUACUACACAGAGUACAGCGAUUCAAUCAGAAUCAACAAAAAUUUUGCAAAGCCUGUUGUGACUCUGCAACCAAACUGGCCUCAGAUAUAUUAUGGAGAGAAGAUCACUCUGAGAUGUGAGAUCAAGGACAGAGGAAACAUUAUGUGGACGUAUGAAUGGAAACCACCCAAAUCAAACACACCUCUAACAAACAAUGAAUACAGCAUUAACAGUGCUGAGUGGUCCCACAGUGGAGACUACAGCUGUAAGGGCAGGAGGGACUCAUAUUACUCAACAGAGUGGAGUGAUGCCAUCACAUUGACUGUAUCAUCACAAACACCAAAGGCCCAACUGAGAGCUGAUGACACAGACAUUCCUGUAGGGGGCAGUGUGAACCUGACCUGCUCUGUGAACCCAUCAUCAUCUGGUUGGAAAUACUUCUGGUACAGAGGAAAGAAAACCUCUGAACCUCUGACCACACCAGAUGGUGUCUUCCUCUCAACUGGACAAAUCAGAGUCUCACAGGGAGGACUCUACUGGUGCAGAGGAGGAAGAGGAGACACACUUUACUACACAGAGUACAGUGAUCCAAUCAGUAUCAACAAAAUACUUGCAAAGCCUGUUGUGACUCUGCAACCAAACUGGUCUGAAAUAUACGAUGGAGAGAAGAUCACUCUCAGAUGUGAGAUCAGGGACAGAGGAAACACUCAGUGGACGUAUGAAUGGAAGCCUGUCAAAUCGAACACACUUCAAACACACAAUGAAUACAGCAUUAGUAGUGCUACUGAGUACCACAGUGGAAAUUAUUGGUGUAUGGGUCGACGGGACUCAUAUUCCUCGACACCGUGGAGUGAUCCCUUCAGACUGACUGUAUCAUCAGAAACACCAAAGGCCCAACUGAGAGCUGAUGGCACAGACAUUCCUGUAGGGGGCAUUGUGACACUGACCUGCUCUGUGAACCAAUCAUCAUCUGGUUGGAAAUACUUCUGGUACAGUGGAGAGAAAACCUCUGAACCUCUGACCACACCAGAUGUUGUCUUCCUCUCAACUGGACAAAUCAGUGUCUCACAGGGAGGACUCUUCUGGUGCAGAGGAGGAAGAGGAGACCCAGUUUACUACACAGAGUACAGUGAUCCAAUCAGUAUCUACAAAACCGAGGCUGUUGUGACUCUGCAACCAAACUGGUCUGAAAUAUACAGAGGAGAGAAGAUCACUCUUAGAUGUGAGAUCAAGGACGGAGGAGACACUGAGUGGACGUAUGAAUGGAAAACAACCAGCUCAGAAAAACCUUCAAAUCAUAAUGAACACAGUAUUCGGUCUACUACUGUAUCCCACAGUGGAGAGUACAGCUGUAAGGGCAGAAUGAAACAUGCUCAACAGUCUUCAACAGAGUGGAGUGAUCCCAUCAAAUUGACAGUAUUUGACAAACCUCAGCUCACUGUGUCUCCAUUAUGGCUGAGUCCUGGAGACUCUGUAACUCUGAACUGUGAGGUUGAACAUCCAUCUGCAGGAUGGAGGUUCUUCUGGUAUAAGACUGUUCCUGAUCUAUCAUCCAACUACUACAGCUAUGAGCUGCUACCUGGCAGCAGCAAUGGGACUGAACAGGAUUCCUACAUCAUACAUGGACCAACACACACAGCAGGAUAUAAGUGCAGAGCUGGAAGAGGAGAUCCAGUGUAUUACACUGAUUAUAGUGAACACAAGUUUGUCUGGUCUGGAGAUUUUCAUCCAUCAGCGUCUCUCACAGUGAGUCCUGACAGAGUGCAACACUUCACCUCUGACUCUGUCUCAGUGAACUGUGAGGGAAACUCUACUGAGUGGAGAGUGAUGAGGUUUACUGAGAACAGUUACCAGUCAUACUGCUUCUACAGGGGGACAGUGACUAGAUCCACAUGCAACAUAGACAGUAACCAGCAGAGUGAUGCAGUGUACUGGUGUGAGUCUGGAUCAGGAGAGUUCAGCAACGCCGUCAACAUCACUAUACAGACAGUAUCCAGGACUGAAGGCUCUUCAUUUCCUGUACCGCUGAUUGUUGGAGUGGUUUGUGGAAUCGUCCUCACUAUUCUUGUGCUCCUUUUGUAUCGUUACAGACAGAAGAGUUCAUGCUGUAUCAGGUCAAACCAGUCUGAGAGCAUCAAUCAGGACUCUGACACAAAUCAUGUGGUCAACCAGAAUGAAGCUCAACGUGAUGUGUACUCCAGUCUUCUCCAUGGUGAUACUUCUUUCUAUGAAUCAAUGAAACGUCCUGAAGACACUGAAAACGGUUAUGAGUGUCUCUAUGAAUCAAUCAAAGGCCCUGAAGACACUGAUAAAGAUGAAUCCAUGGAUGCUUCAAUUGAACUUAAACACAUUAAUGGAACUGGUCUUUCUCUGCUUUAUUAUUGCAAAGUAGAAACAUUUUCUCAGAAGCAGAGCAGCAGAGUGACAGUGUCGGUGCUGGGUGUGAAGAUGGGGCACACUUUGCUAUGUGUGCUGGGCUUACUCUUGCUGAAUACAUUCCUCUGCAGACAUGCUGAAGGUCAGAAUAAUGAAGACGAGAUCACUGUGCAUAUGGGAGACGUACAAACAGGGCAGAAUAAUGUCAGCUCUGAUGUGGGAGACGGAAAAAAAGGUGGUGAUGCAAUCCUGGAAAUUCCUGACUUCACUUUGUUUGAAGGAGACUCAGUGACUUUGCGCUGUAGACAUCAAGGUACUCCAAGAAAUGAGUUGAAAGCUACAUUUUUCAAAGAUGGAUCAUCUCUUCAAAUGGCCACAAACCACCAGUCUGUCGGAACAGAAGCAAUGACCAUUUAUCCAGUGUCAGUUUCAGAUGGGGGCGCUUACAAGUGUCAGUUUGAUGAUGGAGCAGAAUCUGAACCGAGACAACUGAAAGUGGAAGCAGAUAAACGUCAGGUCACACUGACAGCAGACAAGACAAUCAUACCACCAGGGGGCAGUGUGACACUGACAUGCUCUGUGGAGAAUCCUGCUGGCUUUAAAUAUGAAUGGUUCAGACAGACGUCAGACACAGACACAGACACAAAAACUCGUCUUCAGUCUGUAAACUUUGAUGACUCACACACAGUUAUCAGACAUGGAGGCAGAUACACCUGCAGAGGAUGGAGAAGGGAACCAGAAGUCCUCACGCCUGAAAGUGAUGCAGUCACCAUUCAGGAAACUGUUCCCAACAGGGCCAUUUUAACCCUCGAACCCAACUGGCCUCAGAUAUUCAGUGGUGAGACGAUCACUCUCAGAUGUGAGAUCCAGGGAGGUGGAGACACUCAGUGGACGUAUGAAUGGGAACCAACCAGCUCAAACACACAGUCUCCAACACACAGUGAAUCCAGGAUUAUCAGUGCUACUGAGUCCCACAGUGGAGACUACAGGUGUAAGGGUAGAAAGGACUCAUAUUCCUCAACAGAGUGGAGUGACUACAUCAAACUGACAACAUCACCACAGAGACCAAAGGCCCAACUGAGAGCUGAUGACACAGACAUUCCUGUAGGGGGCAGUGUGACCCUGACCUGCUCUGUGAACCCAUCAUCAUCUGGUUGGAAAUACUUCCUGUACAGAGUAGAGACAACCCCUGAACCUCUGACCACACCAGAUGGUGUCUUCCUCUCAACUGGACAAAUCAGAGUCUCACAGGGAGGACUCUACUGGUGCAGAGGAGGAAGAGGAGACACACUUUACUACACAGAGUACAGUGAUCCAAUCAGAAUCAUCAAAAUAUUUGCAAAGCCUGUUGUGACUCUGCAACCAAACUGGUCUGAAAUAUACGAUGGAGAGAAGAUCACUCUGAGAUGUGAAAUCAUGAACAGAGGAAACACUCAGUGGACGUAUGAAUGGAUAAUACCCAAAUCAAACACACCUCUAACAAACAAUGAAUACAGCAUUAGCAGAGCUCAGUUGUCUGACAGUGGGGACUACAGCUGUAAGGGCAGGAGGGACUCAUAUUCCUCAACAGACUGGAGUGAUGCCAUCAGACUGACUGUAUCAUCACAGAGACCAAAGGCCCAACUGAGAGCUGAUGGCACAGACAUUCCUGUAGGGGGCAGUGUGACCCUGACCUGCUCUGUGAACCCAUCAUCAUCUGGUUGGAAAUACUUCCUGUACAGAGUAGAGACAACCCCUGAACCUCUGACCACACCAGAUGUUGUCUUCCUCUCAACUGGACAAAUCAGAGUCUCACAGGGAGGACUCUACUGGUGCAGAGGAGGAAGAGGAGACACAGUUUACUACACAGAGUACAGUGAUUCAAUCAGUAUCUACAGAAUUAUUGAAAAGCCUGUUGUGACUCUGCAACCAAACUGGCCUGAAAUAUACUAUGGAGAGAAGAUCACUCUCAGAUGUGAAAUCAAGGACAGAGGAAACACUCAGUGGACGUAUGAAUGGAAAACACCCAAAUCAAACACACGUCAAACAAACAAUGAAUACAGCAUUAGCAGAGCUCAGUUGUCUGACAGUGGAGACUACAGAUGUAAGGGCAGGGACUCAUAUUCCUCCACAGACUGGAGUGACUACAUCAGACUGACUGUAUCAUCACAAACACCAAAGGCCCAACUGAGAGCUGAUGGCACAGACAUUCCUGUAGGGGGCAGUGUGACCCUGACCUGCUCUGUGAACCCAUCAUCAUCUGGUUGGAAAUACUUCUGGUACAAAGGAAAGAAAACCUCUGAACCUCUGACCACACCAGAUGGUGUCUUCCUCUCAACUGGACAAAUCAGAGUCUCACAGGGAGGACUCUACUGGUGCAGAGGAGGAAGAGGAGUCCCAGUUUACUACACAGAGUACAGUGAUCCAAUCAGUAUCUCCAAAAUUUUUGCAAAGAAGUCUGUUGUGACUCUGCAACCAAACUGGUCUGAAAUAUACGAUGGAGAGAAGAUCACUCUCAGAUGUGAAAUCAUGAACAGCAGAAACACUCAGUGGACGUUUGAAUGGAAAAUACCGAAAUCAAACACACAUCUAACAAACAAUGAAUACAGCAUUAACAGUGCUGAGAGGUCCCACAGUGGAGACUACAGCUGUAAGGGCAGGAGGGACUCAUAUUACUCAACAGACUGGAGUGAUGCCAUCACAUUGACUGUAUCAUCACAAACACCAAAGGCCCAACUGAGAGCUGAUGACACAGACAUUCCUGUAGGGGGCAGUGUGAUACUGACCUGCUCUGUGAACCCAUCAUCUGGUUGGAAAUACUUCCUGUACAGAGGAGAGACAACCCCUGAACCUCUGACCACACCAGAUGGUAUUUUCCUCUCAAAUGGACAAAUCAGAGUCUCACAGGGAGGACUCUACCGGUGCAGAGGAGGAAGAGGAGACUCAGUUUACUACACGGAGUACAGUGAUCCAAUCAGUGUCAACAAAAUACUUGCAAAGAAGUCUGUUGUGACUCUGCAACCAAACUGGUCUGAAAUAUACGAUGGAGAGAAGAUCACUCUCAGAUGUGAAAUCAUGAACAGCGGAAACACUCAGUGGACGUUUGAAUGGAAAAUACCGAAAUCAAACACACAUCUAACAAACAAUGAAUACAGCAUUAACAGUGCUGAGUGGUCCCACAGUGGAGACUACAGAUGUAAGGGCAGGAGGGACUCAUAUUACUCAACAGACUGGAGUGAUGCCAUCACAUUGACUGUAACAUCACGCAGACCAAAGGCCCAACUGAGAGCUGAUGGCACAGACAUUCCUGUAGGGGGCAGUGUGACCCUGACCUGCUCUGUGAACCUAUCAUCAUCUGGUUGGAAAUACUUCUGGUACAGAGGAGAGAAAUACUCUAGACCUAUAGCAACACAAAAUGUUUCUCCCCUCUCAACUGGACAAAUCAGAGUCUCACAGGGAGGACUCUACUGGUGCAGAGGAGGAAGAGGAGACCCAGUUUACCCCACAGACUACAGUGAUUCAAUCAGUAUCAACAAUGAUGUUGCAAACAAGGCUGUUGUGACUCUGCAACCAAACUGGUCUGAAAUAUACAGCGGAGAGAAGAUCACUCUCAGAUGUGAGAUCAAGGACGGAGGAGACACUGAGUGGACGUAUGAAUGGAAAACAACCAGCUCAAGAAAACCUUCAAAUCAAGAUGAACACACUAUUUGGUUUGCUACUGUAUCCCACAGUGGAGAGUACAGCUGUAAGGGCAGGAGGGACUCAUAUUCCUCCACAGACUGGAGUGAUGCCAUCACAUUGACUGUAUCAUCACAAACACCAAAGGCCGAACUGAGAGCUGAUGACACAGACAUUCCUGUAGGGGGCAGUGUGACACUGACCUGCUCUGUGAACCCAUCAUCAUCUGGUUGGAAAUACUUCUGGUACAGAGAGAAAACCUCUGAACCUCUGACCACACCAGAUGUUGUCUUCCUCUCAACUGGACAAAUCAGUGUCUCACAGGGAGGACUCUACUGGUGCAGAGGAGGAAGAGGAGACCCAGUUUACUACACAGAGUACAGUGAUCCAAUCAGUAUCUACAAAACUCUUGCAAACAAGGCUGUUGUGACUCUGCAACCAAACUGGUCUGAAAUAUACAGCGGAGAGAAGAUCACUCUCAGAUGUGAGAUCAAGGACGGAGGAGACACUGAGUGGACGUAUGAAUGGAAAACAACCAGCUCAAGAAAACCUUCAAAUCAAAAUGAACACAGAAUUUGGUUUGCUACUGUAUCCCACAGUGGAGAGUACAGCUGUAAGGGCAGAAUGAAACAUGAUCAACAGUCUUCAACAGAGUGGAGUGAUCCCAUCAAAUUGACAGUAUUAGACAAACCUCAGUCUGUCCUCACUGUGUCUCCAUUAUGGCUGAGUCCUGGAAACUCUGUAGCUCUGAACUGCAGUAUUAAAUAUCCAUCUGCAGGAUGGAGGUUCUUCUGGUAUAAGGCUGUUCCUGAUCUAUCAUCCAACUACUACAGCUCUGAGCUGCUACCUGGCAGCAGCAAUGGGACUGAACAGGAUUCCUACAUCGUACAUGGACAGACACACACAGCAGGAUAUAAGUGCAGAGUUGGAAGAGGAGAUCCAGUGUAUUACACUCAAGACAGUAAACCCAAGUUUGUCUGGUCUGGAGAUUUGCAUCCAUCAGCGUCUCUCACAGUGAGUCCUGACAGAGUGCAACACUUCACCUCUGACUCUGUCUCAGUGAACUGUGAGGGAAACUCUACUGAGUGGAGAGUGAGGACGUUUAAAGAGAACAGCUACUGGUCAUACUGCUCCUCUUGGGGGACAAUGAAUGGAUCCACAUGCAACAUAGACAGUUACUGGCAGAGUGAUGCAGUGUACUGGUGUGAGUCUGGAUCAGGAGAGUUCAGCAACGCCGUCAACAUCACUAUACAGAAAACAGAUAUUAUCCUGGUGAGCCCUGUCCAUCCUGUGAAUGAGGGAGAUUCUGUUAGUCUGAGCUGCAGAUUGAGAAAACAAACAUUUGAGUCCAAUGUGUUUUUCUAUCUAAAUGAGAAACUCAUUCAAAAUGAUACCAGAAGGGAGCUGAAUAUCUCUGCAGUGUCAAAGUCAGAUGAGGGUUUCUACAAGUGUCAAUACUCACAACGAAUGUCAGCACAGAGUUGGAUGUCAGUUAAUGCAGUGUCCAGGCCUGAAAGCUCUCCAUUUCCUCUACCGUUAAUUGUUGGGCUGGUUUGUGGAAUCAUUCUCAUCAUCAUUCUUCUGCUCCUGUUGUAUCGCUACAGACCGUCCAAAGGUCCAUGCUUUAUCAGAUCAAACCAGUCUGAGAGCAUCAAUCAGGACUCUAACACAAAUCAUGUGGUCAACCAGAAUGAAGCUCAAUGUGAUGCUCCUCUGUAUGAAUCAAUCAAAGGUUCUGAAGACACUGGAAAUGACGACAAUCUGGUGUAUGCCCAAGUCAACUACCACAAUAAAGGCAAAGCCAAGAGAAACACAGGAAAUUCACCUCCUGGAGCAACUGCUGACGCUGUUUAUUCAGAAGUUAAACCAGGAACAGCUCUCGCUUCUAUUUCAGGUGCAGGUGGAUCCCAGGAUGUCACUUAUUCUUCAAUUGAACUUAAAAACUUUGGAAAGAAGAGGAACCAACAUGAACCAGAGGAGAGCGCUAUUUACUCUGAUGUGAAAACAGCAACUGCAGACGACAAUCUGGUGUAUGCCCAAGUCAACCGCCACAAUAAAGGCAAAGCCAAGAGAAACACAGGAAAUUCACCUGCUGCAGCAACUGCUGACACUGUUUAUUCUGAAGUUAAACCAAGAACAGCUCUUGGUAAUAAUGCUGCCAUCUGAUGUGCUUACUGUAAUGACUUAUUCUACAGAUAGUUAAAUGGGUGAAAGCCAGAAUAAUGUUGUGUGGUUUUAUUCCAGGUCUGUAAAGAGAACUGUAUCAUCAAAGAAAAUUUUUUGACAGCCUUUAAUUAUAUUGUGUGCACCUCUGCUGUCCAAAUAUCAGACAUUUUGUACAAUUAAUUUCUUAGCAGAUUAUAUAAAAGAAGUUACAUCAUAUGGAUUUAAUUACUACUCUUAGCACAAAGCACAAGUAUUCCCAUUUAUACUGUAUUUAUUCAGAUUUUAAGUUAUAUUUAAGAGUUUUGCAAGUUGAAUGCAAGCUGUUCCAACAGUUUUAUGCGGUAUAUUUAAGCUUUAGUAAGCAGGUGAUAGUGCAGCUUUUAGGUCUGCAUCUUCUUCAGAAAGAAGAAAUAUCCAGGACGGACAUUAUUUAUGUUAAUGAUCUGCUAUCAGACUAAAUGAUGGCGACGACCAGAGCCGACCACACUGAGCUUCACAACAGCUCUUCAGAAACCUAUGGGUGACUACAGAGACUGUGUCCAUUUUUAAUUAUACAGACUUUGGUUUUCUACUGUAUCUGUAUUCAUAGCUACUGCAUGUACCAGAUUGUUUAUAUCUUUUGUACUUUAAAAAACAUUUUGAUGCAUCAAUAAACAGUGUUUCCAGCA